GGAAAAGCUUUCAUCUAUGUGACACGUCAAGAAAUACUAAAGAAGUCUUAUUGGAGAAAAUACCUGUAUGAUUACAAUGUUGAAAAGCCUUCAGACUGAAUCAGAUCUCCUUCAGUAUGAUCAAAUUAACAUCAGAGAGAAACCUUGUGAGUGUAAUGAAUGUGGAAAAACCUUUAGCCUGGAGCAAAACCUCAUAGAGCAUAAGAAAAUGCACCCAAGAGAGAAAUCGCAUGAAUGUCAUGAAUGUGGUAAAGUAUUCUCUCAAGUCUCAUCCCUUACUCUACAUUUGAGAAGUCAUACAAGAAAGAAACUAUAUAAAUGCAGUAAAUGUGAAAAGGCCUUUAGCCAGAAGGGAAACUUCCUUUCUCAUCAGAAACAUCAUACUGAAGAGAAACCUUAUGAAAAUGGGGGAGCUUCUAUUCAGAUGCCAGGUCUUAUUAAGCACCAGAGAAAUCAUUCUCAAAACAAAUCGUAUGCAUGUAAGGAGUGCGGGAAAGCCUUCAAUGGCAAAUCAUAUCUCACUGAGCAUGAGAAAAUUCAUACGGGGGAGAAACCAUUUAUAUGUGAUCAAUGUGGAAGGACCUUUAGCCAGAAACAAUACCUCAUUAAACAUCAGAAUAUUCAUAGUGGAAAGAAACCCUUCAAAUGUAAUGAGUGUGGAAAAGCCUUUAACCAAAAGGAAAACCUCAUUAUUCAUCAAAGAAUACAUACUGGAGAGAAACCUUAUGAAUGUAAAGGGUGUGGGAAAGCUUUCAUUCAGAAAUCAAGCCUCAUUAGACACCAGAGAAGUCAUACAGGAGAGAAACCCUAUGUAUGUAAGGAAUGUGGGAAAGCCUUCAGUGGUAAAUCAAAUCUCACUGAGCAUGAGAAAAUUCAUAUUGGAGAGAAACCCUAUAAAUGUAAUGAAUGUGGAACAAUCUUUAGGCAGAAGCAAUACCUCAUUAAACAUCACAAUAUCCAUACAGGAGAGAAACCCUAUGAAUGUAAUAAAUGUGGAAAAGCCUUUUCUCGAAUUACAUCACUUAUUGUACAUGUGAGAAUCCACACAGGCGAUAAACCUUAUGAAUGUAAAGUAUGUGGGAAAGCCUUCUGUCAAAGCUCGUCUCUUACUGUGCAUAUGAGAAGCCAUACAGGUGAGAAGCCCUAUGGUUGUAAUGAAUGUGGAAAAGCUUUCUCUCAGUUCUCAACUCUUGCUCUACAUAUGAGAAUCCAUACUGGAGAAAAGCCUUAUCAGUGUAGUGAAUGUGGGAAAGCUUUUAGCCAGAAGUCACACCAUAUUAGACACCAGAGAAUUCAUACUCAUUAAAGUUCUAUGAAUGCCUUGAACUUAGAAAACCUUCAACAGAAUUCAUAUUUGUAGUAUAUCAGAAAAUCCAUCUUACAAUAAAGUGACAUGAACAUGGAAAAUCCUUCAAUACUCUAACUUAAAAUACUGAGAUUGUAAAUAAAAAGUAUAGUGUUAAGAAAACUUAUACCUUCAGAGCCAACACAAUAAACAUUGUUAAUGAUGUACUACUUCUUAGGAGCAUUCUCAUUGAAGUAAAAAUCCAGUCAUGGACACCAAUCAGCGUGGUUCUGGAAGGCGUACCUGAUGCAUUAAGACAAAAGAUUUAUAAUUAAGAGAAAAAACUGUCAUGUUAUAUGUUUUGCUAUAUGGGUAAUCAUCAAUUAUUUGCUCUUUUCCAGUCAUUAAGAAAUAGAUUAUGACAGAAUAUUGUAUCCUGAAAUAUAUGCAUGUCUUUAUGAGGAAUUGGUAAUUGACAGAUGUGUAUCACAGGUUGGCAGGGAAAUCAUGCGUGAGUCAAAAGUGGACUCAGAGUAAUUGACUCUUCAUAUGGAAAAGUAUUGAGGUAUUUGCUGCCAUACAUUAAAAUAUUUACGUAUUAUGAAAUCCAAUAAUAUUGAAGACUAGAAUGCAAAAGGUGAAACAGUAAUAUAAGAGCUUUAUAGGAGAAUGUUUUUAAAACCUUGGAGUAGGAAAGAAUUUCUAAAAUUUAUUCCAGAAUACUCACUCUUGAGUAUAUGUACAUAUACCCAAGAAACAUAGUAUGUACCCAGGGAUUCGUGUACCUCAAUAUUCAUUGGAUCAUAAAUUAUAUUAGCAAAAUAUUGGAAACAAAUGUCUGCCUCUUGUGAAAUGGUUGAAUAAAAUGAUAGUCACACAGUAGAGUAUUUUCUAGUAGUUAAGUACAAGUUAAAUAUAUUUAACAAGGAAACAUCUGAAAAAGUAUAUAGUGAAGAAUAAAAUAUCCGUGUAAAUUUGAAUUAAGUCACUACUAACCAACACCAGUAUUAAGCAUUGGUUAUGGAUGGACAUUUUGAUUUAAAGCUUUGAAGAAUGGAUUGCAAGGAUACACAUUCAGUUCCCAAAAGUGGUUGCCCCCAGAAAGAAAGGUAGUAGAAGGGAAGUGGGAUCAAGCAUGGUAGUUAAAGAGUACUUCAGUUUUGUAUCUAAACAUCUAUCCUUAAAAAGAAGUAAAAAUUCCAUGUAACCAUAACAAAAUGUUAGUCAAUUCUGGGUUGUGGCAAUAUAUGUGUUUAUUUUUUUGUGCUAUUUCUUUUAAACUUCUGAAAAUUAAAAAAGAUAGAGAUAAGAGUAGGGAACCUGUACAUGAAGUACAUGUUAAAAUAGAUUCACAUUCCCAAUCAGAUGCCAAUUUUGUAUUAAAAAUACUUCUGAAAUUAUAUAUUUAAUUAUAAAAAAAUUUUAAUUGUGAUGGCAGAUCCAAUUAUUUAAAUUUACUCUCACAUGUCACAUUACUGUGUGUGGUUUCUGUUAAGUUACAGCAUGAUUUUGCAACAGAUUGGUUGAAUCACAUACAUGUAAAGAUUAUAUUUAAUAAUACAUGCACAGACCUGGUAGAGAGAAAAAAAAUCAUUUUCACUGAAACAUUUAUCAGAAAAUUUAAUACCCCAUAUAAUCAGUAUUGGCAAUGGAAAAUAGACCAUUUUAAAAUGAGGAAGCCUUGUUGCUCUUAGAUAUUUUAAUAUGCCACUGAGUAAAACAUCCACUCUUAUGAUUUAGUCUCAAUUUUAACCUCACACUAAUAUUUUUCUCUAUUCUGCCAGACAUAAUCAAUUCCCAUUUGUUUGUUUCCUUAGGGAAAAGGGUGCUGAAAGAUAGAUAGACCUAAAUAGUACUUGAUUUUCAGCAAAUCUUUUUAUAGGAUUUUUGAAAGGGAUGCAUGAUCCCUUUUCACAGCAAUUUGACAGGUAGAAAUCUGUUAAUGCUGUUUGUUAAUAGUGAUAAAAAUGAGAAUGUAACAUUUAAACCUUAGGUUAAUUUCACAUAUAUCACUUUUAAACUCAAAAUAAUAAAAUGCUAAUAUAACUAGAGAACUGCAUUUUUUGUUAUUAGCAUCUUUGAAGGUUAGUCUUGAGGUAAGAUUAUAAAUACCAGUGGUUCAUUUUCUGAGGUAAUCUACCCAAAUAAUACGCAUUUAUAUAUUUACAUGAACCUAAGUUCUCUUCUAUUUCAAUCUUCACUAAACAUUCUCUCAUAUUCCUUAAGUGUUCUGCCCUGGUGCCUGUGCACCUUUGAAGUCACCAAAAGAACUCAAGUCAGGUCAAAUUAGCUGCCUAUAAGUGGCCAGUGCCAAGACCCAGCAACAAGAAUAAUUAUAGGUUUAGCUCAGUGGUUAGAGUGUCAACUCACAGACCGAAGGGUCAUGGGUUCGAUUC